AUGGCGUCAUCAUUUGAUGCAAAUUGUUCAUCUUAUUGGUCGUAUUCACCAUAUCCGUAUAAUAAUAGUUAUGAUACGUCUUCAGCAAAUUCAUCAUAUUAUGAAUCAUCCAUAGCAUCAUCAUCUCCACCUAUGAUUAUGUACCCAGUAUAUGAUCAACAACAGUCUUGUUAUUAUUAUCCUGAUGCUACUUUUCCUUGUCAACAAUUAACACCACCAUCGCCACCAAUCGUGUCAUCAUCUCAGAUUGCGUAUGUUCCAUCAUUGUCACCUUCACUUCCUCGUCCAACAACGAAUCUUCCUAAUCGAUUACAAUAUACAGUUCGUCAACGUUGGUUACUUAAUGAAAUAUUUGAACAUGUUCCUUAUCCUAACAGUGUUCAAAAGAAUGUUAUCGCCGAUCGAAUAGGAGCUACACGUGAACAAAUUCGUAUUUGGUUUCAAAAUCGUCGACGAAUAGCAGUACAAAGUCAUCGUUCAUCUUCUCGUCGUAAUAAUCCAUUACCAAUUGACAAUGGUCAUUUAGUUCAAUUGGAACUUGAAGAAAUUUUAGCUGAUCUUGAACUACACAAAAAUGCUCCACAACGAAUGCCUAUUGGACAAGGCAUAUCAUGUAGACGUGUUCGUGUAGUUAAAAAUUAA